AACCCCCCCCCCCCAGCCGCUCGCGGGGCCCUGACGUCUGCUCCGCCCGGGGGACAGCCGGCCGGCGCGGCCAUGGGGCGGGCGGCGUGCGGGCUACUGUGGCUGCUGCUGGGCAGCGCCGCGGCGCAGUACGAGAAGUACAGCUUCCGAGGCUUCCCGCCCGAGGACCUGAUGCCGCUGGCCGCGGCCUACGGGCACGCGCUCGAGCAGUACGAGGGCGAGAGCUGGCGGGAGAGCGCGCGCUACCUCGAGGCGGCGCUGCGGCUGCACCGGCUGCUGCGGGACAGCGAGGCCUUCUGCCACGCCAACUGCAGCGGCCCCGCGCCGCCCGUCGGCUCGCCCUCGGGGCCCGCGCUCGGCCCCGACGGCGGCCCCGGCGACGAGUGGGCCCGCGAGCUGCAGCUCUUCGGCCACGUCCUGGAACGCGCCGCCUGUCUGCGGCGCUGCAAGAGGACGCUGCCCGCCUUCCAGGUGCCCUACCCGCCGCGCCAGCUGCUGCGCGACUUCCAGAGCCGCCUGCCCUACCAGUACCUGCACUACGCGCUGUUCAAGGCUAACCGGCUGGAGAAGGCGGCCGCCGCGGCCUACACGUUCCUGCAGAAGAACCCGAAGCACGAGCUCACCGCCAAGUAUCUCAGCUACUACCGGGGGCUGCUAGACGCCGCCGAGGAGCCCCUCACAGACUUGGAGGCGCAGCCCUACGAGGCGGUGUUCCUCAGGGCUGUGAAGAUCUACAACAGCGGGGACUUCCGAAGCAGCGCGGAGGACAUGGAGCGCGCCCUGGCAGAGUACCUGGCCGUCUUUGCCCGGUGUCUGGCCGGCUGCGAGGGGGCCCACGAGCAGGUGGACUUCAAGGACUUCUACCCAGCCAUAGCAGAUCUCUUUGCAGAGUCCCUGCAGUGCAAGGUGGACUGUGAGGCCAACUUGACCCCCAAUGUGGGCGGCUUUUUCGUGGAGAAGUUCGUGGCCACCAUGUAUCACUACCUGCAGUUUGCCUACUACAAGUUGAACGACGUGCGCCAGGCCGCCCGCAGCGCCGCCAGCUACAUGCUCUUCGACCCUGAGGACAGCGUCAUGCAGCAGAAUCUGGUGUAUUACCGCUUCCACCGGGCUCGCUGGGGCCUGCAGGAGGAGGACUUCCAGCCCCGGGAGGAGGCCGUGCUCUACCACAACCAGACCGCUGAGCUUCGGGAGCUGCUAGAGUUUGCACAUACGUACCUGCAGUCAGAUGAUGAGAUGGAGCUGGAAGAGACAGUGCCACCCGUGGAGCCCAAGGACCUGGCUUCAGAUGCUGAGUUCGAGGGGGAGGGGGACUACGAGGAGAGCAUCUAUGCUGACUGGUGGCAGGAGCCUGAUGCCAAGGGGGACGAGGCAGAGGCUGAGCUGGAGCCUGAACUAGCAUGAGAAGAGGGCCAGCCUUGCAUCCCUCGAGAGCUGGGGACACUUGGGCCCAAUGGUACCGCCAUCACCAGCCUGGGCAGCAGCAAGAACUAUUUAUUAAAAAUGUAAAAUGGACAUAGCUGACCAGGCCUCAUCCCACCCCAGCUGUGAGCGCUGCUCCCCAGGUCCGUCCUGUGCCUUCUCAGGGUCUCUGGGCCACAGGACGGUGGUGCUCCAGCUGCUGAUGGCCUGUCCUCCUCGCCGAUGCUCUCCUCACUUGGACAGUCUCCUGGAGGAGAAGAUUCCUGCUCCUCCAAAUUGGAUCUCAGCCUGGAUUUCAGAGACCGCAGGGGGGCAGCUGGUGUCACAAAGAGCACUGGGCCAGGAGUCCAGUCUUUCCUGGCCCGCUGGCAGCACCUGCUCAAUAAAUGUUUCUUGUUGAAUGAACCGCA